UGUCGGCAAUGUCGCAACAAUGACUUUGUCAGCCGCUUUCUGUGUCUUUUUGUGGACAUGUGACAAUGUCGAUUUACAUUUUAAGGAUUUGUUGUGGUGUCAAUAUGUAUUUAGAGAAACAAACAUAAUGAAGGACAAACCAUGGACAGGUUGCGAGUGGACCAGAACUUAACCUCUUCCCUUACUGGAGGGAAACACACAGACACGUGAGGAACCUACCUGAAUACUUGGCUCUCCACGCGAGGUUUGACCCUUGACUUUAUCUUUUUGUGCUGCUGGUAAAAAGACGAGUGCAUCCAGAGAGGGUCUCUUAAGCAAGCAGAGACCCCCCUCCUAUAGGUGAGAGGGGGGGGGAAGAUGGCAGCACUUGCCAGUUCUCUCAUCAGACAAAAACGGGCAGUCAAGGAAGACCAGGCCAACCGGCCGAUAGCCAACAAACGCAAGCCGUGCCCCAAGAGCAACAAGUCUCUUUGCCAGAAACAAAUUCUCGUUCUCAUAUCAAAAGUACGGUUAUGUGGCGGUCGAAGAGGAAGAACAGAGAAAAGACCAGAGCCACAGCUAAAAGGCAUCGUCACCCGUCUGUACAGCCAGCACGGCUACUACCUGCAGAUGCUGCCGGAUGGCACCAUGGACGGCACAAGGGACGAGAACAGCUGCUUCUCACAGUUCAACUUGAUUCCUGUGGGUCUGCGGAUAGUGGCGAUCCAGGGAGCGAAGACUGGUUUCUACCUGGGCAUGAACAGCGAGGGAUAUCUCUACACCUCUGAGCAUUUCAACCCAGAGUGCAAAUUCAAAGAGAGUGUGUUUGAGAACUACUAUGUGACGUACUCCUCCAUGCUGUACCGCCAAAGCCAGUCGGGCCGCUCGUGGUACAUCGGCAUCAACCGGGAUGGCCAAGUAAUGAAGGGCAACCGCGUGAAGAAGACCAAAGCGGCUGCGCACUUCCUACCUAAAGUCAUCGAAGUGGCCAUGUACAAGGAACCUUCACUGCAUGCGCUUGUAGUAGAGCAGAGUCCUCCUCGCAAAACUGUAAAGACUUCAGACUCCCCCUCCCACAAGAACGGCAGGAAAGAGGCGCCCAGAGCUGAUGCUUCAUAGCACAGGGGGCGCACACAGGGAGGGUGAAGGACUUCAAUGAUACAGAGAACUCCAUUUUCCUUCAUGCAAUAGGGGCAGGAAGAGCUGUAUGAGCGGCGGCUUGCUUUUGAAUGAGGCGAGAUCAGACAGCAGCCCCAGGCAAUGAGAGGAGAAUCCUUGCCUCUCUAGGUCGAACCAGCUCGUAUAUAUUUCCACUGACCCGGCAUGACACCUGACCCACCUUAUGAUCCUAUAAUCCCUGAAAAAAUGGUUCUGUGCCCCCACAUGCCCUACUUGAGUUCUCUCACAGUGCCCGACGAAAAAUGCUAACAAUAUAUAUUCUAACUGAAGAAUUCAAUUGACUUUUCUUUCCCUAUGGUUUCUUUUUGUUUGAACGAAGAGUUUGGGUGUGAGAAGGAGAGCGUGAGGGAGAGAGGUUAUUAUUUAAUAUCAUCCUAAUGAUUCCAUCAGAUGAGACCCUCGCUGGUUAAUUUCUUCCUGCCAUCAUUUUUGCCAACGGCUGCUCGGUGCCAAUCAGAACUAUAGGAAGGAGUGCAGUAAAAUUAGUUUUAUUGGACCAUUCAAGGAGGAUCCAGUGGUCUGCAGGUGUAGAUUGAUUUCUUCUGGGGCACUGCCAGGGAAACCAAUGGUAUCGUCCGGAAUAUGUGAUCGGGCAGCUUUUAAAAUUAAACAAAACCCUGUAGUUCCAAUUCCUUCCACUGAUAUUCUCAAACACAACCUGAUGACGAUUAUAAUGAAUUAAGAUCGAAUCCACAACCCCAACGCAUCUGUUUUCGGGUUUAAUUGUGGCUACACCUUCCAAAAAAGAUCCAAAAAAGGAAAAAAAACAAGUAAAUUCUCUUGUGAUGACUCUAUUAAUGUUUAAUGGCCAGUGAGCUCAGAUCAGCAUCCGUAUCAUUGGCAAACGAGUGCAGAUUAUUCGGGGCAGUUGUUUGAUAGCUCUUUGAUGGGAUUCGUACAGGGGAUUACAUGGAGUCCAGCCAUGGUUGCUUGAAUUAUUUACUCCUUUUCUCAAGAACGUACGACUCGUUCAAGCAGCUCGGAUAAGAAAUUUUAAUAUGCAAAUUUAAAUUGUGGCGAGCCGAUCAAUGACGCAGUGAUUAUGUGCGUUUAGACGUGUCUAUUAGAGUGUGAAAGAGACAGAAUGAUGUGAAAUGAACAUCUGCUUCCAUUAUUUAUUUGUGUGUGUGUGUGUGUGGGGGAAGAGGAGUGACGGUCUGGGCACACAUGUGUAAACACAUUGGCUCACACAGUUGAUCACUUUAAUGGUUCGGUUGUGUCUGGGAAUUUUAAUCUGCCUGGAGAUGUUGACUGAUGUCCUUCUCCAGGUUUCAUAAUUGACACAUAACCAAGAGGAAGUGACAUCCAGGACCUCUUUGUAAUUCCACAGGCAUCUUCCCAGUCCACACACACCACACAUAAAUUGUUUGUAAUGUGUUUUGUUUGAGUAAAGAGUUGGUCAAGCAUUUUACAGAUGGUGCCCUUUUGUCCUUCAAAAGGGAAGAGACCAGCUCUGUGAUUAUGAUAUCAAUCAUUUGUGGGCCAAAAGCAACUGGUGCGAAUGUGGAAGGCGUGUGACCCGAGUGGUUGUAGAUGUGACAGGCUCACAAGUUUGGUUUUGCAGUUGUUCUGUGAAAAAAAAGGCCAUUUGUGGAUUCGUAUUAGUGUUUGAAUGGUCAUCUCAAUGUCCUUGAGCUGUGUCCUGAACACCUGGCCAGCAAAGUAAAUAGUUAAAAUACAUUGAAUGAAAAUAUAAGUAAGAAUAUUAAAUCGAAGAGAAAAUAUUUAGGCAAAUGAAACAGGAUGUCAGAAGAAAGUAUUGCGGAUGUCAAUGAGGGUUUGUGCAUGUUGCAGAACGUUUUUAGCAUGUUGAAGCAUGGUACGCGUAUGUGUCUCAAUAAAAGUUGUCCAAGUUAAAGGAAUAUUCCAGGUUCAAUACUAAUUGACAGAAUUUGGACAACAAAAUGUAUUUAAAUAAAUCUUUGUUUUUUUUUUGUUUUUUUUUUUAAAGGCAAUAAUUGGGUUACAAUGAUACACUUACUGGUAGUGAAUAUGUUUUUUUAAAAGGAUUUACAGAUGUUGUAUUGUCAUAUACCUUUAUAUCAAAAGGGUUAGUUAGUUAGGCAUUUUUUAUGAUGAUGAAAUCAUGUUAACAUGCAAAUUUGUAUGUCUUGUGGCUAUUCUAUUAAAUCAGUGAGUAUGCUAGCAUUUAUGUUCGUUUGCAUCCUUCACUUAAGUGCCUCACUGUAACCCUUUUUCUUUUUUAAAGGAGGGACAAAAGAAAACACAUUUUGUGUUAAUCAACAUUAUGCCACAAGUGCAGUAGAUUGAGUUUAACUUGAGUUUAACUAUUGAACCUGGAACAUUCCUUUAAAAGUAAUUGCAAUGCGUAGGAUGAGAAAGCCUGGAGAAAGUUUGGUUAUGCGAGACGAGGUUUGGAAUGAAGACGAUUCGCUGGCUACGAGAGACUGGAAGUCCUGAGGGGGGCUCAGUGAUUGAAGUUAGAGAGGAAGAGGAUAACACUUUAGAGGCAUUGGAUUACCGUAAAACUUCAAAUAAUAGCCGACUCCCAAAUAGACGUCUGUCUCUUUUACACGCCUGGUGUGGCUGCAGGUUUGAGUAAAUAAAGGCCGGUCUCAAAUAGAGGAUGGGUCUGUUUUUUAGUUUCGGGUUGUAUUUAAUCUUCUAAAACCCGUCAGAUCGUCCGCUUUUUGGCGGCCAUAAAAAAGCCAAUUUUUGUCCCGCCAAAGCCUUUUUUGAUCGGUAAGGGAUGUAGAAUAGAAUGACUGCUGCGAUUGACAGGGCGCACAACGAACGAGCAGAGAGAGCACCCCGAAUGCGUGCACAUACUCUCACGCGCAUAUUUUUUAAAAUCAAUUGACUUGACAGUAAAAGGUUGGAAGACCCCAUUUUCACGUGGAGCAUUUGCCGAUUUUUCAAGAUUAGAGACUCUAGGCCUACACUCAGUGUACAACAUCUCAAAACUAUAAUUAUAAAGGUCUGUCUCAUAAUAGACGCCUGUCUCAAAUACAAACCAGUGCAGUUCGACGAUUUGGGAAAAUAAAAGCCAGGGCUAUCAUUUGACGUUUUACGGUAUGAGGAGCAAAACCAGAAAAUCGUUAAGUUGGAUUCUUGGAGGAGAGAGCUUGUGCUUUGGUGUUAAUGAUGAGGGCAAGAUCCUGUUCUGUGAAUUAGGCACUGUAUGAAUUCUUGCUGAUUGAGCGGAAGGUGAGGAACAGGGUCCUUUGAGGAUUGGGGGAAGGGAACAUUUAUGCUCGCCCGUGUGAUGUAGUUACCUGGCCCGACGAAGACGUUGAGAACACAAGGACGAAUGCGGCGCACACACGCCCCCUCAUGGGUGCUCCAAAGUCAUGCUCCAUUUCCUGAGCAAUCUCCCCAAACCCUCUCCUGUGUGUCCAGUGGCAAUUAACCUUCCCUCCAGCUCUGUGUGUGUGUGUGAGAGUGUGUGUGUGUGUGUGAGAGAGAGAGAGAUAGAGCGAAGUAACGAUCGAUUGACUCAAUAAAAGCCAAACUGGAGAGCAAUAGCCCAGUGCUGUGAGCAAUAAUUGCCCUGUGCAACCAAGGAACCCGAGGACAUUAGCAGACGAUGAACUGAAAGGAUUUUUUUUUUUUUUUUUGUGCGUGGGUGUUUGGGACUUCCAGUCGGUGAGAAAGCAGCGGAGGAGAAGACAACAUGGAGAUAAAGUGACAUUCAGUUCGUAAACCCAAUUUUGGUUUUGUCAAAUGGGUCUUGCCUGCUUGAUCUCGCUCUCUUUCUUCUGUCCAGACCUGGUUUUGCUGUGAAGCGGCUAGUAUUAUGGUCUCAGAUCUCUCCUGACUCUCGCUCUCUCUUUUAAAUCAGGGCAAGUUCUCAAGGACACAUUGAGUCCACCUUCUGUUUCAUUUGCCCUCAAUUCAAGCAUGCAAAAAGAGUGAGACGAUCAAGGGAACACUUCUAAAAUGUUCAUGCUGUAUUUUUGUGAAGAAUAAUUGAUUUCAUACUAUCCAUCUCAGAGGAGUAAAGGAAGAAAAAAAUAUGUGUAUAUAAAUCAAAGAAUUAUUAAAAAGUAAUAUUAAAUGCAAUCAAAAAAUGAUGACAGUACUGUAAAUGGGUGCUUUUCGGGAGAUGGAUUGCCUGGUCUUGCCAAAACUGCUGUGAGCCAUAUGGACUGUGGACAUGUACAGAUUUGAGUUUCUUUUUUUUUUUUUUUUUAAUUGUGAUAUUGACUGAAGCAACUAAAUGUCAUUUCACCCACAGUGAAAAAUUACAUUUUGAAGAAUUGAUGGGUACUUCUUUGAAAUUUGCUUUUAUAUCUAGUGGAAAAUAUAUAUGAACAAACUUUGUUUUUAUUUAUUAUGUUCUCCUUUUUAAUUUUAAAGCUGUGUCAUUAACAGACUAACUAAUUUGACUUUUCAAGACCUCUUCACCCACACAUAAGCAAAAAAAAAAAAAAAAAAAAAAAAAAAAACUGAAACCUGAAACCUGAAAGCCGACACACCUUUUCUAAUCAGGUCUUCCAAUGAAGAAAACAAGCCAAUCCUUUUCUCCCCUAUCUUCUCGUCUUCCAAAAAGCAAAGUCUUCCACUAGCCAGGGUUUGCCUGAGUGUGGCAGUAACUGCCAAACGGGACAUGGCUUCCUGCAUAAGCCUCGCCCUCGAUCUUACAUGGUGAAUGCAGGAAAAGACUGAUUGGCUGACAGCCAAUGAAGGCGGAGCUACACACACCUGCCCUAUAAAACAGCAUGGAGACCUACGUGGAGACUCGAAGAAAGCUGACCACAGACUAACAGCCGGGGUCAGCUGGCCAUCCCCUGCGUCCCAAACCAGCAUGGCGGACGUGCUGCUCUUGAAAGCCGACACACUUGGGGGAGAACUAAGACUCUAUUGCAUGCAUCCCACUUUCGGAAAUACUAGGAAAGGACUCCCUGUUACAGAGCACAGGAUCUCCUUAGCACCCUCUCCUGACCUCCCACUUGCCAUCCUGUGUACGUUUCUAGAGCAAUUAUACAUCUCUGGGCUGGGAGGAGGGAGAGGUGUGUCUUAUUACUACAUAUUAUUGAAUAAACAGUUAUAUUUGUAUUAUUGUAA